CUCCCAAGUCUCCGCUCGUCGCAAGACGGACAUUUCAAAGGUUUAAGAUACAACAACUCGAGUGAACACAUGGUUUAUGAAACGCAUGAUAAUCCUAAUUGUUGUCAGAGUGUGGACCUAUGAUGUUUUUAACGCCGGUGUCCGAUGGUGUCCGCCGAGGGACAAGUCGUCCAAAACGCGCUACGUAUAUUCCCAAUUUACCCUGUACGAUAAUAAUGAAAACCAGUACACAUGACUGUCUCGUUCUUAUAUUACAAAUAUGAAAGAAGAAAGGAAGUGUCCUGAUAACACAGUUUGGUGGAAAUCCUCGUAAAAAAAAUGACAUUACAUUACAUUCAUUUAGCAGACGCUUUUGUCCAAAGCGACUGACAAUAAGUGCAUUCAACCAAUAAGAUAUUAUUCAAAAUGCAAGAAUUAAUAAGUACAUAAAUAUUCAUCAAAUAGGCAAAAAAAAAGCUUCAGGUGCUAUUUGUAAUUAAGUGCAUUUUUUAUUUUUAUUUUUGUGUGUUUAAUAUAAUAAAUAAGCUAAAUAACGAACCAGCGAACAGUUACAGAUGAAAACAGGAAUCUGUUUUGUCAAUAAGCGUUUUUUUUUUGUCAGAUAUGAUUUGUUUUGUUGGUGUUUUUUUCCUUCAUUUUAUUUAUUUUGAAUAAUAGUAUAAUAGCGAUGCAGAUGCAGGGCCACACUUCCCACCAGCUGGUGGCGGUAAUGGGCCAACUAGUUCUUUGCCAACCGCCAAAGGAAGAAGCAGAAGAAGAAGAAGAAGAAGAAGAAGAAGAAGAAGAAGACCUCCCUCCUCCCUCCUCUCUGCAAACCCAGAUACACAAGUCUGCUCAUGUAAACAACACUGAAGAAUGAGAUUUUAGCGGUUUUAUUUUGUAACUAACGGCGCUUUUCCUCAAAAAAACAUAAAAUGGCGCAGCCGGCGGAGAAAGCAUAUUAUCGCUUCAUGGUGCUGUUCUUCAACUGCCUGCUGACGUUUGGCUCCUACUUCUGCUUUGACAUCCCCAGUGUUCUGCAGGAUCAGUUCCAAGGGAAUCUGACAUGUCCCAAUGCGACAGUGAUCAAUGGGACGGUGGAGUGUGUGUUGGGACUGGGGAUGAGCCCUCAGCAGUACAAUCUUCUCUAUGCCAUCUACGCUUGGACGAAUGCAGUUGUGGUUAUCAUCGCUGGGUUUCUGAUUGACAAAUUGGGAAACCGCUUCGGUGUGUUUCUGUUCUCUUCUCUGUGCGUGUUGGGCUCGUCGCUGUUUGCACUGGGGUCCCACCUCAAAGGAACUCCCUAUCUGCUGCCACUAAUGCUCACAGGCCGACUGCUGUUCGGAUCAGGCAACGGAUCUCUGACCAUCGUUCAGAACCGCAUCACAGCCUUCUGGUUCAAAGGGAAGGAGCUGGCCCUGGCCUUCGGACUGACCCUGGCUUUCUCACGCCUGGGUUCUGUCCUGAACUUCUUCUUCACCCAGAAGUUUGAGGAAAAUUAUGGCAUGCAGUGGACGCUCUGGGGUGGUGCACUUUUAUGUGUGCUGGGCUUUUUGUCAGCCAUCCUAGUCAGUACACUGGACAAGAUUGGAAUGAGGCAGCUGGGUCUUGAUGGAACCAUCCAAGAGGAGUCUCGCAAAGUGAGAAUACAGGAUGUUAAGCUCCUGUCGUUAAGAUACUGGCUACUGGUUCUCACCAUCAUGUUCUUCUACAAUGGCAUCUUUCCCUUUAUUGCAGAUGCCAGUAAGUUCAUUCAAGAUAAGUACAACGGCUACAGUCAGAAGGAGGCAGCCUAUAUCGCUGGGGCAGUGUAUGACAGCUCACUGGUCCUCUCAGCCAGCGUGGGCAUUCUCAUAGAUUUUGUGGGUCUGCGGGGCAUUUUUGCGUUGACCUGUGCCGUCCUCACGCUGCCCGUGUUCGGACUCCUGGCCUUCACCUUCGUCCCUCCUCUGGUCUCCACCAUAUGGCUGGGAGUCACUUACUCCUUCGCUGCUGCGAGCAUGUGGCCAUCCAUACCCCUAGUUGUACCUCAGGCGACCCUGGGAACAGCCAUGGGCAUGGCCACCUCCAUACAGAUGGUUGGGAUCGGGGUGUCCAAUCUGGUUGUAGGACAAAUUUUAGGCACCAAAUCUAGUGAAACCAAGAUUCCAUUGUGGCGUUGGCAGAGGAUGAUGAUCUUCAUGUUGGCCAACACCAUCAGCUGCAUCGUCACCUCGGUGCUGCUCAACGUUGUCGACCACAGACAGGGCGGGACCCUGAACAAGACGACGAAGAGGUCAGAGCAGGCGGAGAGAGACUCUGACACAGAGCCUCUCAACCAGGGAGAGGAAGAGCCGAAUGACGACGAGGACGAUGGGGCCGUCCGAUCUCGUUCAAUCAACUCAUGAGCUCUUCAUGGUAACUCUAAACCUCAAGUUUGAACAUUUCUCUCUUUUAAGCAUUUUUUUGUAUUAGUACUAGUUUUCAGACAGGAUUUGUUUUUUUGUACACCUGACUGAGAUUACUUGUACAUACUGUGUCUUUGGUAAUAGUUGACAGGAUUACUAACCCUAACUUGAUGACUCUUGUUAAAUAAUGUGGCUAAGUCGGGUAAAAGUCAAAUUCCAUCCAAAGAAAAUUUUAUCUGUUUUAACUGUUCAAAAGUUUUUUCUUUGUGCUGAAACACAUUUAAUUGAACUUAUCAUCACGCACUGCCACAUCUGACUGUACCGACCUCACUGUAUUUUAAUCAUUCUCUGCAAAACAAACAAAGCUCACUACAGUCACUAGGUGGCGCUCAUUGCACAUGAGUUUGUAGUGGAUCAACUACAGAGUGGUCAGUGUCGGACUGUGAAGACUGCAUCUUUGUGCGUUAGUGGCGAUGAAGCUUUUACGUUGGGUUUUCCUGGAGGGUUAUUUCAUAUUCAACCUUUUCUUUUAGCUCCUAGGCUCCUCAAUAAGUGGAUGUGAACAUAUCCAAAACCUUACAAGUGAGUUAGAUUGGGGGUUAGUCAUUGGUUUUCCACAUCACAUCUUUUAUACUGUUCACAACUGCAAGAAUGUAGUCUUCAUCAAAAUAGCCAUAGAUGAAUUUGUAAAUUUUCCUCUUAUACCUUUGAGCCUAUUCCACUGAAUUAUAAUUAUAAUCACAUUGUUGACUUGGAACAGCCAGCACAUAUAGUACCAUUUCUGUCUACCCACUUGUUUGAGACAUUAAAAUAUUGUAUUGUGUUGUCA